AUGGGCUCAUUGCUCGCCGGAGUCGGCGACCUUGUCGACCUCGACGUCGUCGGCGCCAAUGGCCGGAUCUCAGCCUUCGCCCCGCUCGAGCCGAAGCUGUGCCUCAGCGACGACCUGAAGCCUUACGCGCUACUGGGCGGCGUCGAGGAGAAGCCCCUCUACCUGCCCUUCCCUUCGCCGGCUCCCGACCUUCCCGCCACCUCGACUACUGCCUGCAACUCCCCUUACGACGAGGUGACGUGCGUCGGUUGCGGCUUCGAGAUUCGGGACCGAUUUAUAAUGAAGGUGAUGGACGAGUGCUGGCAUGAGGCAUGCUUGCGAUGCUGUGCCUGCAGCCGUUCCCUAAGCUCGAGUACGAAAUGCUUCGCGCGCGACGGACGGUUGUACUGUAAGGAGGACCAUGCACAAAUCUUCGGCCAAAAAUGCUCGCGCUGCACGCUGCCGCUGCACUCGACGGAGAUGGUGUUCCGCUCCAGAACCGGCGCCUAUCACCCGCAGUGCUUUCGGUGUUUGCACUGUAGCAAGGAGCUGCAAACGGGCGACAAAUACGUGAACGUGGAGAAUCAACUGUUUUGCUUUGAAGACUACCAAGCACUUGUCUUCCAAAAUCAAUUAGCAUCUGGCCUUCAAAUCGAGUUCUACGAGCAAAACGACUCAAACAGAAAAACGCCAAAGCGGCCAAGGACCAUCCUGAAUGCAGUGCAACGGAAACAGUUUAAGGCGGCUUUUGAGAAAAGCUCAAAACCAUGUAGGAAGGUCCGCGAGCAACUGGCCAAAGAAACCGGCCUCAGCGUGCGCGUCGUCCAAGUCUGGUUCCAGAACCAACGAGCAAAGAUCAAGAAAAUGUCGCGGAAAGAGGGGGAUAAGAUUGGGCAAUGCGGGGACUCGGAGGGGAAAUCGAUUGAGGAUCAGAAGAGUGACAGCGAUGAUGAUUCCGAAACGGAAACCUGCCAUUCUGGGAUGACAAACACUGCCGAAUCAGCCCACAUCCACCGGCCCGAGCCGCAAUUCCCGGACCAUUUGAGCCGACUCUACGAGAUGCAGAGCACCUAUUUCCAAUUUGGA